AUGACGUUGGCCCAAACCCAUUUUGUCUCCCUUGGUCUUCCAGCCUGCAGUGGCGAUUACGCAGAGCCCGACGUCACCAAGUGCACCCCUCACCAGGGAUUCCAGAAUAACGUCCCCCAUUACGCCGAGACGGACAUCGUCAACUUGCAAGGGGUGACAGGAAACAAUACCUACGCCGUGCCAGCCAUCACGGUUGACUCGUUGACCAAGAAGGACAUCUCCAUCGCUGAGUUUCCCCGUCACCACCUGCAGCUCAAGGAGAAGUUGGGAGAAGGACAAUUUGGGGAGGUCCACCUUUGUGAAGCUGUUGGUCUUCUGGAAUUCUUGGGCCGUGCUGCUUCUCCAGAAAGUUCCAGCCGGGCAAUUUUGGUGGCCGUGAAAAUGUUGAGAGCGGAUGCCACCAAGACAGCCAG